AUGUCACCGCCGCCUCUCAGUCAGACUUCUUCAAUUCUGAUCAUUGGAGCUGGAACUUGGGGAUGUUCAACAGCUCUUCAUCUGGCCCGGCGAGGAUACCAAAAUGUCAAAGUUUUGGAUCCCUACGGUGUUCCUUCACCCAUUGCUGCUGGGAACGAUAUUAAUAAGAUCAUGGAACACAAAGAGCUCAAAGAUUUACAUGCAGAUGCCCGAAGCAUAGCAUUUGCUACAUGCACUCGAGCGGCGUUGAACGGAUGGAAGAAUGACCCCGUCUUUAUGCCUUUCUUCCACGAAACAGGAUUCAUUGUGUCGGGGAGUACACCCGCCCUCAUCCAACACAUCAAAGAAGAUGAGAUAGACUCCUCCGAAGGCGAUUUCAUCGCUCUGGAAACAGCUCAAGACUUCCGCAAUACCAUGCCACCAGGUGUGUUGACUGGCGAUUUCCCUGGCUGGAAAGGGUGGUUCAGCAAGGAAGGUGCGGGAUGGAUUCACGCUCAAAAAGCCAUGGUAUCUGCAUACAGCGAAGCAAAGCGAUUGGGCGUGAGUUUUGUAGUCGGUGACUCCACAGGUAAUGUCGUGAAACUGGUCUACCAAGACGGCGAUGUGAUCGGAGCAAACACCGCGGAUGGCACAGUUCAUCGUGCAGACCAUGUCAUCUUGGCUGCCGGCGCGGGUAGCGACCGUCUACUGGACUUCAAGAAACAACUACGUCCCACUGCAUGGACCUUGAGCCACAUUCGCAUGACCCCGGAAGAAGCCAAGCGCUACCGGAACCUUCCAGUAUUGUUCAACAUUGCGAAGGGUUUCUUCAUGGAGCCAGACGAGAAGAACCAUGAGCUCAAGAUAUGUGAUGAGCAUCCAGGAUAUUGUAACUUCAUCCCAGAUUCUUACUAUUCCGGCGAGAAGAGAAGCAUUCCGUUCGCAAAACAUCAAAUCCCUCUCGAAGCGGAGGCUCGAGCAAGGGACUUUCUACGUGACACAAUGCCACAUUUGGCUGAUCGACCAUUCUCAUUUGCACGAAUUUGCUGGGACGCUGACACCCCCGACCGUGCGUUCUUGAUUGAUCGUCAUCCGGAGCAUCCAUCUCUUCUGAUUGCAGUAGGCGGAUCCGGGAAUGGAGCCAUGCAAAUGCCGACGAUUGGUGGAUUUAUCUCGGAUGCCUUGGAAGGGAAAUUACAAAAGGAACUGAAGCAUGUAGUGCGUUGGCGACCCGAGACAGCCGUUGAUCGCGACUGGCACUCUACGCAGAACCGCUUCGGAGGGCCCGAUAGGGUGAUGGACUUUCAAGAUGUGAAGGAAAACGAGUGGACACGGAUACAGGAGACUGACGAGAGCAAAUUGUGA